AUGAAGAUGACAGUGGAACAACCUGAAGCGAAUGUCCAUGUGGCAUUGACACAUUUGGAGUUGACAACAGUACAUUAUGAUAUGAACGAUCCUCAAGGUUUGAUCUGGGCGUACAUCACUCUGAUACCACUGAUCAUUGUAGUAUCCGUUGCAACUCUUGUCAUAUUCAAACGUGACUUGCGAACUGGCUCACUACUUGGAGGACUCCUAGUGAGUGAAGCGAUAAACUAUGUGCUGAAGAAGUCGAUCAAGGAGGGAAGACCAACUCAUAUCCAACAAUUGAGAAAGAAGAGUUAUGGAAUGCCUUCGGAUCAUGCACAGUUUAUGUUCUUCUUUGCAUUGUUGGUGACGAUGUUCAUGGUGAAGAAUAAGACAAAGAUAUGCAAACACAUCAAGAGAGUACUAAUUGUAGUUCUGUUCACAUUGGCCUUGGCUGUAGCCUACUCAAGGGUUCAUCUUGGAUAUCAUACUGAUAGACAGGUAGCUUAUGGUUCAGUUAUUGGUAUGACAUUGGCGAUGAUAUGGUACGGAGUGACUGAGUAUAUAUUUGUACCUUUCAUAUUCCCUUUGUUGGCUGAUUCACCAAUUGGUCGAUACUUCUAUCUGAGGGACACGACCUUGAUCCCCAAUCUUAUGCAGUUCGAGUACAACAAUUCCCUAAAAGAGAUCAGUAGACUAAAGCAACAAGGAUCAUCAUCACAGUCUCCAAAUCAACAAAAGAAGAAG